GGGCCCCACCGCGCUACGGCGGCUGUUCCCGCUCGCUGGCUGGGAUUCUGGGUCCCUGAAGGUAGUUAUUAUGAAGCAUGAAGGGGAGGCGCCCUAUGAAUGAAGGACCGCCCCUGGAACCUGAACCCGCUUAUAAGCGCUUCAGAUCAGAGGCAGAAGAGUCACAGAGAGGAGGAGAUUCUGGCUUUGCAUGGCCAAGCAGUUAUUGAUGCUUCUUACCACAGUGAACGAGAUAUGGGCGACCCUGCUUCCUCCCGGAGUUGUCAAAGACUGGGUGAUAAUGGAAGGUCCGGAUCGACUUUCAGGAGGAGACCUGAGCUAGGCCGAGAGGGCUGUAUUUCCAGAGUCCUCUGUGUGUUUCUAAGAACAGCAGGAAAUGAUUACAUCUCUGCCAGUGACUCAAACCACCAGAAUGGGAUUUCUCCUGGACCCCUCCCUCCCUCUCAGCUUGAAUCUCAUCUAAGGAAUCACCAUGUUGUCUUCCAUGGCGGCUGCACUAUUUUACAUUCCCACCAGCAGUGCACAAGCAGUUUUAGGUUCCCAGCAAAAUUGAGCAGAAGAUACAGUGAUUUCCAGUAUACUCUCUGCCCCCAGACGCUGCCUCCCUGUUAUCAGUAUCAGGGGUUGGUGUCAUUUGAGGAUGUGGCUGUGAACUUCACCUGGGAGGAGUGGCAGGACCUGGAUGCUGCUCAGAGGACCCUAUACAGGGAUGUCAUGCUGGAGAACUACAGUAGCCUGGUGUCACUGGGGCAUUGCAUUACCAAACCUGAGGUGAUCAUCAAGUUGGAGCAAGGAGCAGCACCGUGGACUGUAAAAGAAACCCCAGACCAGGGUUCCCCAGCAUUGGGUCUUUGUUGCUGCACGCGGGCUUUCUCUAGAUGUCCAGAUUGUGGAUGA